AUGGCUGUGAAACCUAGGAGACCGUUGGUGACCGUUAUUUUCGGCGUGUUUCUCGGAUUCACCGCUUCUACGUGGCUCUUUGUACCUCAAGUUCUGGAGAGUAAAGGGAAGAAAUCUCCCGUGUGUUUGUACCAUAGUCACAGUGAUUCCUCCGCCGGGAAAGGUCCCUUCAUCCCCGGGGAAAGCCCACAGCUCAGCCCGGAGGAGGACAGGACAUCCAGUCCGGGCAACAGCACCGGGGGGAGAACCACAGGCAGGCCGAAACGGUUCCUUUAUGUCGGCGUCAUGACAGCCAAGAAGUAUCUGGAUACCCGAACCGUGGCUGCCUACCAGACCUGGGUGAGCUCCAUCCCCGGGAAAGUGGAGUUUUUCUCCAGCGAGGGAUCCGGGUCCAUCCACUUACCUGUCCCCGUGCCCGUGGUCUCGCUGGCAGGUGUGGACGACUCGUACCCUCCACAGAAGAAGUCAUUCAUGAUGCUGAAAUACAUCCACGACCACUACCUGGAUAAAUAUGAGUGGUUCAUGCGGGCAGAUGAUGACGUUUACAUAAGAGGUGAGAAGCUGGAGGCGUUCCUGCGCUCCCUGAACAGCAGCAAGCCUCAGUACCUGGGCCAGACGGGCCUGGGCAUGGCCGAGGAGCUGGGUCGCCUGGCUCUGGAGCCCGGAGAGAACUUCUGCAUGGGGGGCCCCGGGAUGAUAUUCAGUCGAGAGGUUCUCCGCAGGAUGGUCCCUCACAUCAGCACCUGUCUGAGGGAGAUGUACACCACCCACGAGGAUGUGGAGAUUGGCCGCUGUGUGCGACGCUUUGGAGGAACACAGUGUGUGUGGUCGUAUGAGAUGCAGCAGCUCUUCUACGAGAACUAUGAACACAACAAGAGAGGUUUCAUUGAAGAACUUCACAGCAGCAAGAUCCACAACGCCAUUACACUCCACCCCAACAAGAAGCCGGCCUACCAGUACCGUCUGCACAGCUUCAUGAUGAGCCGGGAGAUCUCCAGACUGUGUUACCAAAGCAUCCUGCUGCACCGGGAGGGCCUGAUGAUGAGUCACCUGAGUGAUAGUGAAGUGCUGUGGGAGGACCAACAGCUGGGCUCCCCUCCUUCCUACAUGCGCUUUAAACCAGGCGAUAGGAAUGAUGUCAUUGAGUGGGAUUUCCUGACUAGUCGCCACAUUUAUUCUGCUGCCGAGAACAAAGUGGCCCGGCAGAGCCUUGGCAACUUGCUUCGUACUGCAAUGGAAGACGUUAUACGCCAGGUCAUGGAAAUGAUUAACGAGAAUUCCAAAACACGCGGCCGUGUAAUUGACUUUAAGGAGAUCCAGUACGGCUAUUACAGGGUGGAUCCGAUGCAUGGCGCAGAAUACAUCAUAGACUUACUGCUUCUCUACAAGAAACACAAGGGACGUAAGAUAACAGUGCCUGUGAGACGACACGCUUACCUUCAGCAGUCGUUCAGUCGUCCCUUCUUCACUGAAACUGAAGAGUUAGACGUAUCUGAACUCGUCGCCGCCAUCAACUCUGAGUCACAAUCCCUGUCUUUCCUGUCCAACUCGCUGAAGUUUCUGUCACCUUUCCAGGUCUACGAAUCAAACAGGGAGAUGUGGGAGCAGAGCCAAAGAAAAGUCAACAUCCUCGUCCCAUUAUCAGGUCGCUACGAGAACUUUGUCCGCUUUAUGGAGAACUUUGAGAAAGUGUGUUUGAUACCUAAACAAAAUGUUAAGCUCUCCAUCAUUCUGGUAGACAAUGAGAACAUCGAAAAACACGCUCCGUUAAUCAAAGACUACAGCAGGAAGUAUCCCAAAGCUGACCUGUCAAUCAUCCCCAUGACAGGCAACUUCUCACGAGGCCUUGCUCUUGAGCUGGGGUCCUCGCAGCUGGAUAACGACUCCUUACUCUUCUUCUGCGAUGUUGAUCUCAUCUUCAGUGGGGAUGCCUUGCAGCGUUGCAGAGAAAAUGCUGUCCAAGGGAAACAAGUCUACUUCCCUGUUGUCUUUAGUCAGUACAACCCCAAGAUAGUGUACUCUGAGAAGGCCCCGAGAGAAAACAAAUUUGUGCUGACCAAGAAAAGUGGUUUCUGGCGGGAUUACGGAUUUGGAAUCACCUGUGUUUUCAAGAGUGAUUUAAUAAAAGCCGGAGGUUUCGACACCUCGAUAUUAGGCUGGGGAUUGGAAGACGUAGACUUGUACACGAAAGUGAUUAAUUCUGGGUUGAAAGUGUUACGCAGUCAAGAACCAGGAAUUGUUCACCUUUAUCAUCCUGUCCACUGCAACACAAGUCUUGAGCAGAAGCAAUACAAGAUGUGCCUUGGGUCGAGAGCAAGUACGUUUGCAUCGACAAUGCAGUUAGCAGAGCUGUGGCUGGAGAAACACGUAGAGACGGGCUACAACAGAACCGCAUCCUGACCCUUCAGCCCUCCUGGACUCAACACAGGUGUAGCUCAGUCUGCUGGGACGCAUGUUGUGGUGUGACAGUGGAUCACAGCUCUUUGUAGCCUGGACAAUCUGAUCCAGAAAGUGCAGGAAACUGAAAUGGACCAAUCCAGUAAGGCCACACAAAUCCAAACUGACGACACAGCAGGGAAGAAACCAGAGGUAACCAAGUAUGGGAUUGCUGUGUCCAGAUGUUGGAAGCCUUCAUAAGACAAGUGUCCUCUACCUUAACCAGUUCUAAACCAACUAAGGAAAUCAUGGACUAAAUCCAAAUGUGUUGUUAGUUUCAGAAUUAUUGAUUUGUUAACUGCUGUGCCAAUGAUGCAAACGUAUAGCUUUGUAACCGUCCAGCUCUUAGGGAUUGAUUUAGAGGGUAACUAACUCUCUUAACAUUUAUAUGAGCGGUUCCCAACCUGUGGGAACGCAUUGCAAGUGGGCCGCCAAAUAAUUUGCAAAACAUUAUGAUUUGUGUGGAAACAAUUCAUUAUUAAGAUUUAAUUUAAUUUUAACAUAUUUUACUUUCUCUUUCUUGAUCCUCCUUAGUCAUUACAGUCCUUGACAGCGCUCUGUACUACUGGACUAACAACGUGUCACAUGUUCUGAAUUGACCAAUCAGAACUUUAUUUAGCCUCCGUAUUGUUAAUGGUUGAAUGUGGGCCGCGAACAUUUUUUAGAUUCUUAAGUGGGCCCUGAGUUGAAAAAGGUUGGGAACCGCUGAUUUAUAUAACAUGUAUAAAUUACCUACUUUGAGAAGU